GCGGAGAGAGAAGAGAACAAUAAAAAAGGGAACUGAAACAUCCAUCGAGCAGGACGACGGCGACCUUCAACUAUAACUCCAAAUACAUCUCUGUCCCCUUCCUUACUAAUAUCUUCUUCGUCGGGGAAAGAGAUCUCCCUCUCUUUCCCCGACUCAUUAAUGUAAUAUCAAGAAUCGUCAUCUGCUGCUGUUUAAUUGAGUGAGCAAAGCAGUUGUCUAUGUGCUGCUGUGUUUUAGUGCGAUUUAAUUGCGAUGGCGGCGUCUCAUCAAAAGGAAGAAAUUCUUCCUACGUCGCCGAGAUCGCCGGCGUCCAUGCUCUUGGACGGGCGGUUAAAGGUCGCGACCGGAGGAGUGCGGGUGCCGAUGGACAGGAUUGCUGUUCGCCACCUGCCCGGAUCGCAUCUUGCAGCCGGGGCAAAGAAAGGUGUUGGGAUGCAUCACUUUAUUCUGUACACUUGGUUGUUCCUGUCACCUUACAAAUUCAACUGAUCUCGAGGACGAGAUCCUGCGUAGAGAAAGCGGAUGAUGCAGAACUAGCCCGACCCGAUCUGGUUAAUGAUGAUGCUUGCGGAAAUAGUAAACCAGACAAUCUUUUAUGUACUGAUUUGACCCUAAGUGAAGGUCCUCAUCAGGGGAAUACUGAGCUUGUUGAUACUCCAAAUUCCACCUCAAUGGAGGAUUACAGAAAAGCUAUUGUUACUAUCAUCGAGGAAUACUUCAGCACAGGAGAUGUGGAAUUGGCAGCCUCUGAACUGAGAAAUUUUGAAUCGGAGAAGCAUCAUCACUACUUUGUGAAGAAGCUCAUCUCCACAGCAAUGGAUCGUCACGACAAAGAGAAAGAAAUGGCAUCAGUUCUGCUGUCCGCUUUAUAUGUGGACGCACUAAGCUCAUCUAAAAUUAAGCGAGGGUUCGUUAUGCUUCUUGAGUCCGCUGAUGAUUUGUCUGUGGACAUACCUGACGCGGUCGAGGUCCUAGCUCUCUUCAUCGCUCGUGCAGUUGUCAAUGAAAUCCUCCCUCCGGUUUUUCUCUCUCAAGCAAAAGAGCGACUUCCUGAAACCUCCAAGGGAUUUGAAGCUCUACAAAUUGCUGAAAAGAAAUAUUUAUCGGCUCCUCACCAUGCUGAACUAGUUGAGAGACGAUGGGGUGGUAGUACGCAUGUGACGGUCGAGGAGGUAAAGAAGAAGAUUGCGGAUCUGUUGAGGGAAUAUGUGGGGAGUGGAGAUGCUGCAGAGGCCUGCAGGUGCAUUAGGGAGCUGGGCCUCCCCUUCUUCCACCAUGAGGUUGUGAAACGGUCCUUGAUUUUGGCGAUGGAGAUAGAGGCAUCAGAGCCGCUGAUUUUAAAUCUCUUGAAAGUAGCGGCGGAGGAAGGCUUAAUCAGUUCCAGCCAGAUGCUCAAGGGCUUCUCCCGAGUUGCUGAGAGUCUUGAUGAUUUAACUCUCGAUAUUCCUUCUGCAAAGGCGCAUUUCGACAAGCUGGUUUCGAAAGCAAACUCUGAAGGAUGGAUUGAUCUUUCCUCUGGGAAAUUGCCCAGUGCCCUUGGAGAACUUAGGAAUGAGGGUGAUGAGAAGAUAAGACGUUUUAAAGAAGAGUCGGUGAACAUAAUCCACGAGUACUUCCUCUCAGACGACAUACCUGAACUCACCAGAAGCCUCCAAGAGCUCGCCGCUCCGGAGUACAACUCUAUUUUCCUUAAAAAGUUGAUUACGCUUGCGAUGGAUAGAAAAAACAGGGAAAAGGAGAUGGCUUCUGUUCUGCUAUCCGCUGUUAGUAUGGAGUUGUUCUCGGGCGACGACAUCAUGAAUGGAUUCAUAAUGCUUUUGGAGUCGGCAGAGGACACUGCUUUGGAUAUUUUAGAUGCCUCGAAUGAACUUGCAAUGUUUCUAGCUAGGGCGGUGAUUGAUGAUGUCUUGGUCCCUCUGAAUCUUGAUGAGAUUAGCAGUAAGCUCCAGCCAAAUAGUAGUGGUUAUGAGACCGUCCACAUGGCCCGUGCUCUCGUUUCUGCUCGGCACGCAGGGGAGAGGAUGUUAAGAUGCUGGGGCGGUGGCACAGGUUGGGCCGUCGAGGAUGCAAAGGACAAGAUCUCAAAGCUUCUAGAAGAGUACGAGAUCGGGGGAGAUUUGGGGGAGGCUUGCCAAUGCAUUCGCGAUUUGGGGAUGCCCUUCUUUAAUCACGAAGUGGUGAAGAAAGCUUUGGUGAUGGCAAUGGAGAAGCAGAACGAUGGAAUCUUAGACUUACUGCAGGAGUGCUUUAGCGAAGGGUUAAUAACCAUCAAUCAGAUGACAAAGGGCUUCUCCAGGGUAAGGGAUGGCCUCGAUGAUCUGGUUCUUGAUAUUCCUAAUGCGCGGGAGAAAUUCAGAGGGUACGUGGAUCAUGCGAGGAACCACGGUUGGCUUUUACCAUCGUUUGUGGGUUCUGCUCCUCCAGUUGCUUCAGGUAGCUGAGAGAGAGCGUCGGCUGUUUCAUUUUACGGUGUAUAAUACUAAUACGACCCCAGAGUCUUUGUGUCAUUCAUUCGAAGUUCGUUAGUUCAUAAACUAUUACAAGUGGUAUGCUGCAAGUAUUCUUUUUCAUUUUCAAUCCGCGACAUUUUGGGGCCCCAAAAUGGCGAGCUAUUUGGUUUCAUUUGUGCCCAUAAAAAGUUGAGAGCUCAGUAACGCAUACGUUGGAGAGGCCCUCGACAUUUUUUUGACGAUGUCUACUGUCAAUAUUUUUGCUACUUUUCAGCUGUAAUGUCAUUGAAGAUUUGUUUUCUCCUAUAAACUGGAAUCGUCGGACUAGCAAUGUAUAUAUUGGCUAGAAAACAAGCAGCUUCUGAGACAAUUAUAUUACGACCCACUUGUUAUUAUAGCUGUGGCACCGCUUGAUGUAUUUCUUGGGGGUUUUUCGUCUUUUGUAUUAUUAUUAUUCUCUUUUUGUUAAGUAACAGGGAAUUGAUCGGCACGAGUAGCUUUAAUGUU